UAAUAAUAAUAAUAAUAAUAAUAAUAAUAAUAAUAAUAAUAUAUUCGACUUCUAAUCGCAGCUGCGCAGAACGUUUUCUUUCUAGUCUGAUAAGAGAAUUUGGAUGAUUAUUAUUCAUUAUUAUCAUUUUUUUUUCUUUGACGGAAGUGACACUCAAGUUGGGGCCGGAGGAGGAGGAAACCACUCGGGGUUUCAUUCACUGAGGAGAGCUCUGUGAUACCGACAAGCGGCGGCUCCCUCCAGGAACAACGAGCAACGAGAUCCCGGGACCGGAAAAACACACAGCAACUACAUAAAACCAACUAAAAUAAAAAAUACAUUGCUAAAUCUUCAAGAGCCGAGAUGUCUGCAGCGUCCGCAGCAACUGCGGGUAGUGAGGACGGAAAUGGAAAAGUGACCCGUGUGAUUCGGGUGGGGACUAGAAAGAGCCAGCUGGCCCGAAUUCAGACAGACAGCGUGGCUGAGAAGUUAAAGGAUCUGUACCCUGAAGUUCACACGGAAAUCGUUGCCAUGGCUACCACCGGGGACAAAAUCCUGGACACAGCCUUGUCAAAGAUUGGAGAGAAGAGUCUCUUCACGAAAGAGCUGGAGAAUGCACUGGAGAGAAACGAGGUUGAUCUUGUGGUGCAUUCUCUGAAGGACCUCCCUACCACACUGCCUCUGGGCUUCACCAUCGGGGCUGUCCUCAAACGAGAAAACCCCCAUGAUGCCGUUGUUCUGCACCCGAAGAAUGCUGGGAAAACGUUACACACGCUUCCAGAGAAGAGUGUGAUUGGGACAAGUUCUCUGCGGAGAGCAGCACAGCUCAAGAAGAGAUUUCCUCACCUGGAGUUCAAGGACAUUCGGGGGAACCUCAACACCCGUCUGAAGAAGCUGGAUGAGAAGGACGAUUUCUCCGCCAUCAUACUGGCAGCUGCCGGGCUGCGGAGAAUGGGCUGGGAGAGCCGGGUCAGCCAGUUGCUGGGCCCUGAAGACUGCAUGUAUGCUGUCGGCCAGGGGGCGCUGGCGGUGGAGGUGCGUGCUCGGGACAGGGAUAUCCUGGACAUGGUGUCUGUGCUGCACGACCCGGAGACUGUGCUGCGCUGUGUGGCUGAGAGAGCCUUCCUCAGACACCUGGAAGGGGGCUGCAGUGUUCCUGUCGCGGUUCACACUGAGAUCAAGGACUCCCAGCUCUACAUGACCGGUGCUGUGUUCAGCCUGGACGGCUCCGACAGCAUCAAGGAGACCAUGCAGACCUCCCUCGUGAUGGACACCCAGGAGGAGGAAGGCUCGAGCGAUGACCCUCAGCAUGUGGGGAUCACUGCGAGGAACGUGUGCUCACGGGACCAGGCCUCUGCCGAGAAGCUGGGGGUGGACCUGGCCUGCCUGCUGCUGAGCAAGGGGGCCCGCGAGAUCCUCACUGUGGCCAGACAGCUCAACGAUGCCAGAUAGCCAAGCCCUGCCUUCACCCUGACCCACAGGGAGGCACGAUCACAGAGGGGACUCUCCACUCCCACGCCCAGGAGCUCAGGAUCCCUUCACAGCGGUACUACCCCCAGCCCCCACGUCAAACCAUCAGUUACAAUGAUUUCACAUGAGGGCGGGGGAAGAGGUGUAGGAAUGCCCCUCCAUAUUCUGUUUAGAGUCAAAAUGAAUCUGUUUUUUUUAUCCAUCCAAAAUAAAUAUAGAAUAGAUAGGGACACCUUAACGCUUAAUGUGAAACAAAUUCAAACCGAGCCCCUGGAAAGUUUGUAAAUGGCAAGCCUAGCACUUCACAAUACUAUCCUAAACAAAUGACACAUUAAUAUGCACAAUAUACUAAUCACAUCAAGCUGACAACAGCUUCAUGAACUUUGUGUCUUAUUUGCAUAAAGUGAAAAGAAAUAUCUUAACAAGACAAUAAUCACAUUAAGCCUGACAAUGAAAACCCACUUCAUGUGCAAAAUGUGGAUGAAUGUGAUUGUUAUCCUGUUGUAACCAAAACCCCAAUGUUUGGACUAGUAUUGGGAAGUGUUAAGCUUGGUAUCUGCAAAGUUUCUCAGGGUUUGCUUUGAAUUUAAGCACAUUAAGCCACAUUUAAACAUUUUUAAGCAUUUUAGGAUGUGCCAAUAGAUACAUCCCUCAAUUUUAUGUCCUGAAAGUUUGCAGCAGAAUUCCAGGUCCCCUCAAGUGUGCUCUCUGAAUGUGGGAGUGCACUGGAGGGAAAUGCCCGCACUCAAGUGUGCUCGUGUCACCAGCCAGCUUAAAGUCACCUGGUAACUGAUGCCAUCAGUGCACGCAUCUGACACGUGUAGUGUCUUGUCUUUAGUUUAAAGGCUAGCAUGAGGCUGUGGAUUCGUGCUGUGGUAUUGAACUCCUCUGUGCAGUAUUAAUGAUGCCUAAUCAAGAACGACACCUGUGAACUCCUGUUGCAAUUUCAGCCUGUCUGAAACUCCGGGUGUCUUUGAAGCGUGAUUUUAGAUUGAUCAUGUACUUGCCAUGACAGGUUGAUUGCCAUGUGUUUAAGUCAAAGUGGUUAAACGUUUUCUCAUAAAAGUGCUGCUGCUGUUUCUGGGUCUUUUUGGAUCUGCUGUGUGUCUGUGAGUUUCAGUUUGAGUGCCUCCUUUCUUCCUCUGUGCACGGAUAAGCAUGAGCACUGGACUGCUAGUAAUACCUGAGUGUGGGAGGGAACUAGGAGUAGGACUGGAGCUCCAGCAAUCAGUACAGUUACAAAAGAAGGUCUAUUUACUGCAUGGCUGAUUAGAGGUAUUGUGAACUUCAAGCUAAAGGCUAGUUCUCUUCCCCUGAGCAAUACUUUUAGCAUUCUGAGCCCUAUCCAUAAAGCUUUAUAUAAACAGAGAAUGGAUGAUUGAGGUCCGUUAACAGAGUACUUUAGUAACUCAUUUGUCAAGCUGUGUGAAUAGGACUCUAAAUAGCAAUAGGAUGGAGGAGGGGAGGGGCAAAGCAAAGGGUUAUGGGAGAUGUAGUUUUGUGAACCCUUCAGUGCCUGUGUAUAGUAAAAACAAAACAUGUAACAGACUACAUCUCCCAAAGACCCAUCCAUUGUCCUGUCUCCAUACUGAAGUAUCAGAUCAGCAGCUGUGCACAGGCAAUCAUUCUGGGCAUGCUCAGUUUGGAGUGGUUGGGAUCCCUGAAACACCCAUGUUGCUGAAACACACUGGCAUCAGUAUGAACUACUACCUGAACAUAUUAAUAUAUAAACACACGCCAUGAUCAGCGUGAUUGAUAGCUAUUACAACAGUGUGCGUAUAUAUAAUAUAUAUAUAUAUAUAUAUAUAAAAAACAUUGGAUUUUGCUUUAGGAUAAUAUAUAUAUAGAGAGAGAGAGAAUGAGAAUCUGAAAAACAUACUCUGUGUGUGUAUAUAUAUAUAUCUUGGGAAUAGCAGAUGGAUUUUUCCUGUUUGUUAUAUUCUCAGGUCCUGAGAUCAUAAGAUUCAGAUCUAACCCGUCUCUCGAGGUGUAAUGAAUACUGCAAAGCCAUAAAUACUUGCCGAAUCAAACCCAUUAAACCUAUUUUGCUCCAGAAAUGUUACCGACCUGUUGCAAUAUACAAAGUAUGUAUUGUUAACGGAAUUUGAUAUUUGUGCAAAAAAAUGUUUGCUUUGUUUUUCAUAUGCAAAACACACAUAAUGAAAGGCUUGCAAAUAUAUAUGGCUUUACAGUAAGCCAUGAUGUACACCGGUUCAAAAGACAGGAUAGUAGUGUAAGACUAAUGCUAGAGGAGCCUCUGGUUAAAGAGUACAUUAAAACCGUUAUUCAUACAGUUAACAGACAUUAGUUGAAGGGCCAUAAAACAAUGCAAUGCCAAAUGUUAUAUCACUGUCAAAUACUGACCAUGAAAAACAAAUAAAAUGGAUUUUACCCAGCA